CCGCGACUGACUCUAUCGCGGUUAGCCUCACCCUCAUGUCCUCUGAGCUUGAGCGGUAUAUCAGCGACAACUCUCUUCGAUUAUUUGGCGUCGCAGACCGUAGCAUUAUUGACUAUGUGCUAGCUUCAGGUCGGUUUCUCGAUUAUUCUUUUCUGUCUUCACUGUUUACAAACGUGUAUCUAGCUUCCUCGUCAAAGACGCCCGAGGCCCUUUUCUCGGCCCUGAAUGCUUCCGGAUUACCAGACACCGCUGAUGCUCAUGAAUUCAUAAACCAAGUAUUCCAGCAGGCACCUCGCAAGCACAAACAUAAACGGACAGCUGCCGAGAAAGCUCAACGACAGGCCGAAAAGGAAGCCAAGGCUCUGCGCUCACAGAAGUUUGGCCUACUUCUGGACGACGGAGUUGACGGUGUAGCUCCGUUGCCCAAAGAGAAACGGCAGAAAGAGAAGAAACACGAUCGUCAGACACGGAAGCGAGAAUAUGACGAGAAGGAGUGGGAGAGUGACGAGGAGGAAAAGGCCAGGAAGCGGUGGAAAGGUGAUAAUGCCGAGGAUGAGGAGGAACUUCCGGAGGACGAGGAGAUCAGGAAAGAACGAGAACGUCUAGAGGAUUUAAAGGACAGGGACGCCUUCGCUGAACGAGUUCGAGACCGAGAUCGGGAGAAAACGAAAAAGAUUGUAGAGGAUCGGUCAUCGAAAGCCUCGGGCGCUGCUGCCGACGCCGCUCAGCGGCGACAGCUCGCUGACGAUGCUGAAGCCCGCGGGAUCGCUCUUCCGGGACUCCGAUUACAUUCGCGGCAAGAGUAUCUAACGAAACGUGAGAUUCAGCAAAUCGAGCUACUUCGAAAAGAAAUAGCCGAUGAUGAAUCUCUAUUCAGCGGCAUGAAGAUAUCCAAACGGGAGAGACGGGAGCUAGAGCGGAAAAAGGAGCUCCUCAAGCUCGUUGAGGAGCGACUGAAGAUCAACGACAAAUGGGAUGGUUAUGCUUUACCAGAGGACUAUAUCACGGAACAGGGCAAAAUCGACAAGAAGAAGAAGGAGAACGCACUAUACAAGCGGUAUGAGGAAGCUAAGCCGAAAGACGACCAGUUCAUCACCGAUGUCGACCAGUGGGAAGCCAGUCAGACUAAGCACAGUACUUUCAAGACUGGUGCAAUGGAUAAGAAGGAGAUCGUCGUUGACUACGAGUAUGUCUUUGACGAGAGCCAAACAAUCAAGUUCGUGAUGGACUCCGCGUUACCUGGAACGAAAAUGACUGCUGCCGAGAAGUUGAUACAAGAUCAAAUCGAUGCAGCUGAAAAGCGAGCUCGAACUAUUGAAGAAACUCGUAAAAACCUCCCCAUCUAUGCGUAUCGGGAGCAGCUCAUUGAGGCCAUCAAAGAACAUCAAGUCCUCAUCGUAGUGGCUGAAACGGGAUCGGGGAAGACCACCCAGCUGCCCCAGUAUCUUCAUGAGGCUGGGUAUACAGCCGGUGGAUUGAAGGUCGGAUGUACCCAACCGCGCCGUGUUGCUGCGAUGUCUGUCGCCGCCCGUGUCGCCGAAGAAAUGGGUACGAAAGUUGGAUAUGAAAUGGCAUGCUGCUUCGAGAGUUCUUGACGGAACCAGAUCUAGCUGGAUACUCCGCCUUAAUCAUCGAUGAAGCGCACGAGAGGACUUUGAGCACAGAUAUUCUAUUUGCCCUUGUCAAGGAUAUUGCACGUUUCCGUCCAGAACUCCGUCUAUUGAUUUCGAGUGCUACAAUGGAUGCCGAAAAGUUCAGCGAGUAUUUCGAUGACGCACCGACUUUUUAUGGUACGUUCUUGGUAGAGUUGAGGUUUUGACAUUUACCACUUGAAAUAGUUC